AAACGCGUCCGUGGACGUGCGACUUUUUGCGACGGCAAGGCUCGCUUCUACUUGUCGUACCCCGGCGCGUCCGGCAGGGGGCGGAGGCGGUUCUCUCAGUCGCCCGGCUGACACGUUGGACGCGGCUGUGUCCUUGAGACAUGUCAGCGCGGAGGUCUCCGGCGCUGUGUUCCCCGGGACAAACGACACCCUGAGAGGGCGCCGGCGAGACGGUCAUGUUGGGCGUGUUGGUCAGGGCGGCGCUGCGGCCGGGCGUGGUGAGGCCACGCCAUCUGGUCAGACCAGUGCCACAGAUCCCAGCGCGGUCCCUGGUGCAUCAGGAGGGUUUGCCUAAACUACCCGUACCUCCGCUGAAGCAGACAUGCGAGCGCUACCUGGCCAUGCUGGAGCCCAUCGUCAGCAAGGAGGAGUUGGAGCACACACAAGGCUUGGUGGAGGAGUUCCUCAAGGGUGGCGUGGGAGAGAGGCUCCAGAAACGCCUGGAGCGUCGGGGUCACAAGACUGAAAACUGGCUGUCAGAAUGGUGGUUGCAGUCAGCCUAUCUGGAUUCUCGUAUGCCACUGGCGGUCUAUACGAGCCCCGGGGUUGUUCUGCCCCGCAUGCAUUUUCACGACCGCCAAGGACAGAUGAGGUUUGCCGCCAAGCUGAUCGCAGGAGUUUUGGAAUUCAAAAAAAUGAUUGACAAUAAUACCUUGCCCGUGGAGUACUUGGGUGGCAAGCCGCUGUGCAUGGCCCAGUAUUACCAGAUCCUGUCCUCCAGCCGCGUCCCCGGACCAAAGAAAGACACACUAGUGAAUCACGCCAUCGGAAAAAAACCUCCCACUCACAUCACUGUGGUCCACAACUUCCAGUUCUUUGUCUUGGAUGUGUACAACAGCGAUGGAUCCCCGCUGACCGUGGACCAGAUCUACAUGCAGCUGGAGAAGAUCUGGAACUCGUCCUUGCAGACCAACAAGGAGCCCAUCGGCAUCCUAACCUCCCAGCACCGCAACACCUGGGGCAAGGCCUACAAUAACCUGAUCAAGGAUAAGACGAAUAAGGAGUCGGUCCGCUCCAUCCAGAAGAGCAUCUUCGCAGUUUGCCUGGAUGCCCCCAUGCCGUCUGUGUCGGAUGAACUGUACCACAGCCGUGUGGCGGCCCAGAUGCUGCAUGGAGGAGGUGCUCGCUGGAACAGUGGCAACCGCUGGUUUGAUAAGACCCUGCAGUUUAUCGUCGGUGAAGAUGGCACCUGUGGACUGGUUUAUGAGCACGCGCCAUCUGAAGGGCCUCCCAUUGUCUUUCUAAUUGAUUACGUUGUCAACUACAUGCAAAAGACUGAAAUGGUCCGUGCUCCCAUGGUUCCUCUGGCCAUGCCUCAAAAACUGCGUUUUAACAUCACUCCUGAGGUCAAGAGAGACAUUGAAAAGGCCAAACAAAAUAUGAACAUAAUGGUCCAUGACCUGGAUGUGAAAGUACUUUCGUUUUCUCAUUUCGGAAAAAAUGUUCCCAAGCGACACCAGAUGAGCCCCGAUGCAUUUGUUCAAAUGGCUCUUCAGCUUGCUUACUUCAGGAUGUAUAAAACAUGCUGCUCUACCUACGAGAGUGCGUCCUUACGAAUGUUCAAAUAUGGCCGGACAGACACGAUCCGCACCGUAACCGUGGACUCGCUCAAAUUUGUUCAGGCCAUGGAAGACUCGGCUCAUAAGGACACAGAGAAGGUGGCAUUGCUGCAGAAGGCUAUCCAGACUCACAGGGAGUACACAAACAAUGCAAUUCACGGGCAAGCCAUAGACAGACACCUUCUGGGGCUGAAACUGCAAAGCAUAGAGGACCUGACGUCCAUGCCCGAGAUAUUCAUGGAUACUUCCUACGCUGUGGCGCUGCAUUACAAUCUCUCCACCAGUCAGGUGAGCUCCAAGACAGACUGCGUAAUGUGUUUCGGACCAGCGGUACCAGAUGGUUACGGAGUGUGUUACAACCCCAUGGAAGAACACAUCAACAUCUCCAUCACGGCCUUCAACAGCUGUGAGGAAACCCACGCUGCCAAGUUUGCCCAAGUAGUAGAGGAUGCUCUGUUGGACAUGAGAGCUCUCCUGGAGGACACGGCCAAGGCCAAGCAGUGAUCUCACACAGCAGCGUGAGAUAGCGUGUGCCCCACUGGACAGUAUGGGAAGUGGGAUUACGCCUCUGCUGGAAGUAGUGGCAGAAAGCCAUAUUGGCAUAAAGCUGCACCGGCAGUAGAGGCGAAGCACAUUGCACUGACGAGUUGGACCGAGGGGGGAGAGUCUGGAGUCAUAAGAAGUAUAAUACGUGAGCGUCAAAGCUAAACCGUCCCGGUGGAAAGGCGAGCGUUGACAAGGGAAAUUAUGCUCUUUAUUUGUUGUCUACAAUACAUAAAACAGAUUUAUUCUUAGGCGAGGGCAGAAAUAUUUUUUUCUUUCAGUCUUUGCUAAUUUACUGUGAUUUCAGAAUAACUUUAUAACAUUUUUAUGCUGCGUUGACUACCGAGCUGUUGAGUGUUUUUUGUUUGAUGUUUUCUUCAAUAUAUGUCAGUUGACGUCAGUUAUUGCUGCAUUCUUGUGGUUUACAAGUAAUAAAGCAAUGCCGUGAUCAUAAAA